AUGCAUCCCCUACCCCAUCCAUCCCAUAUAUGCGGCUCGUGCGCACAUACCAGUGGAGAGGAGGCGGAGCUGCAGCGGCUGCAGGAGGCAACAGCAGCGGCAGCAGCGGCGGUGGAGGCGCAGCUGAGAGCUGCUGCCUCGCAGGCCUCUGCCAGCACGCCCGCAACUCAACCAGAUGCUGUUGGUGCUGCUGCUGCUACAUGUGAUGUGGGUGGUGCUGCUGCUACAGCCGGUACUGCUACAGCCGGUGCUGCUGCUGCAGGCCAUGCUACAGGUGGUGGUGCAGUGGGUGGGCGUUCAGAGCACUGCACAGCAGGUGGUGACGUUAGUGCCCGUGGUUCAAGGGAUCAUGCUGCCAACGCACAUGGUGGGGCGGUGGGUUGUUGGGGAGGGACGGAAGCGGAAAGGACAGGUGGUGCAAACGCAGGGCAGAGUGGUGGGGUAAGGGUGGGGGUUAGAGAGGCGGAGGGGGGUGUGUUGAGAGGUGUGGGAAUGCAGAGUGCUGGGGCAGUGGAUGUAGGCUGUGAGGCUCGCCGGGGAAUUGCAGGGGGUAGGGAGGGGUUUGGGAAGGCAGUAGACAGGAUGGUGAGAGAACCUGGAGGUGGUUGUAUGAGGCGAGAGGAGGAAGUGGGAGAGGCGGAGGGGGGACGAGAGGGAGGUGGGGUGGGGACUAGGAAGGCAGUUGAACAAGUGGUGAGAGAACAUGGUGGUGGUUGUAUGAGGCGAGAGGAGGGAGUGGGAGAGGAGGUUAGAGGAGAGGAAUGGAGGGUGGUGGAGCGUGUGGAAGGGGAGGAUGAGGGUAAUGAGGACAUGAAGGAAGAGGGGGAGGAAGAAGAGGAAGGGGAGGAGAGAGGAGAUGAGGAAGGAGAGGAGAUGGGGGAAGCGCAAGGGGAGGAGGGAGGGGAGGAAGUGAUUUGUGAGCAAGAGGACAUGGAGGAUGCGGAAACGGAGGAGGAGAGAGAGGAGGAGGAGUGGGGAGAGGAGCGAGGGGAAGAGUGGUGUGAGAAAGGGGAUGAGGAAGAGGAGAUGGGACAGGGGGACAUGUGGCAGCGAAUAGUUGAGGUGGAAACUGGGGAGGGCAGGGAAGUGCGAGUGAGGCAUGGUGGGGAGGGCGAGGGGAGUAAGGGCGGGGAGGGUGAUGGGGGUGAAGAGGCGGAUGGUGAGGGGGGUGAAGGGGGGGAGCAGUCCCCUGAUCCACAGGGCGUUGUUGUGAACCUGAGAGGCAUCUUUGACUCUGUCAGCGACGGGACAGGCGGUUCAGCAGGUGGUGUGGCAGGUGGUGUGGCAGGUGGUGUGGCAGGUGGUGUGGCAGGGCCCAGCAGGCAGGGUGGGAAGCUCCCAGUGAGGCGUCUCAGGGAGGAGCAGAGAGGCGGCAGUGGGGACGGUGUGGGUUGUGCUUCUCAACGUUGCAGUCCGGUAAAGAGGGGUGCAGGUAGCAGUGAGGAGAAGGCGGAUCGUCCUUCUCAACGUUCCAGUCCGGUGGAGAGGGGUGCAGGUGGCAGUGGGGAGAGGGUGGGUGGUCCUCAGGCUAGGUCGAUGCACAAGGAGGGUGGCGGCUGUGGUGAUGGCAAGGAUGCGAGGGAGGAGGUGCGAAGGGGGGAUGAGGGCGGUGGUGUGAAGGGAGGGGGGGUUGAUGAUGGGGCGAUGGGAGGGAGUAGCAGCAUGGGUGGUGCAACGGGAGGGGGGAUUGAGGAUGGCCUAGGAGGGAGGGGGGUUGAGGGUGGUGUUGUAAUGGGAGGAGGGACUAGUGAUGGUUCAAUGGGAGGGGGAAACGACAAUGGAUUAGCUGGUGUUAGGGAGGCAUGUGGUGGAGAUGAGGGGGGUAAGAGUGAGGAGGGGGACUGUGAGGGGAGGAACAGUGACGGGGGAGACAAUGAAGGUGGAAAAGUUGCUAUGUGCAAUAAGGAUGUUGACAAGCCUGUGUGCCAUGAUGAUGAUGAAACGGAUGGUAGUGGUAGCGAGGAUGGGGUUAAUGCUGGCGGAGGGAAAGAAAACGAGGCUGCUUGUAAGGGGGAUGAGGAUGAGGAUGGGCCGGUCGUCUCCUCUCUUCCUGAUUGGCUGCAGGGCGAUGUGGUCAUUGGCCACGUGGCACCCUCCCCAUUGGUCAAAACGUUCCACAGGAGAAAGCCGGCCCUGGGCAAGGAGAACGUUGAGAAGGAGAAUGUUGCAACGACGAAUCUUGAGAAGGAGGUAUGUGGGGAGCGGUUGGUGACGGUGGGGAGCAGUGACAAGGGGAAGAAGGGGGGGCGAGAAGGGAGGAGAGGGGGAGGCAGGGGACGGGGCAGAGGUGCUGAGAGGAAGAAGGAUGGGCCGCUGUCAAUGACUGUAGAGGGCGGAGAGGAGGAGGGGCCAGAGGAGAGUCUAGGGAAGAGGGGGCGUGAGGAGAGGGAUGGGGGCAGGAAGAAGCGGAAGGGGAGUGAGCGACAAGAGAUGAAGAGGCGGAGGGAUGAGGAGGGGGUGAAGGGGAGUGAGGAGGAAAAAGGGGAGGUUCAGGUGGGUGGCAUGGAUGAAGGGGCUAGAUGCGGUGGAGAGGGAUGGGGGGAGGUGGAGGGCGGUGUUGCAGGUGGGGAAGAGAAGGUGCAUAGGAUUGGUGAGGAAAGGGAGAGGGCAAGGGAGCUGAGAACGAAACGCCGUGAAGAUCCCUUGAGAGAUGGGAAGCAGCGGGAAGAGGAGAGAGCGGCACGAAGGAUGGCGUGUGCAGUGGACGAGGUGGGGGGAGCAGCUGGGAGAGAGCUGCGGCAGCAGGAGGAGGAGGAGGAAGAGGAGGAGCAGGGGGGUGGGAGAGAGCAGCAGAAGCAGCAACAAGGGGACAUAGACGGUGAAGGGAGCGAGGGCGGAUGGGAGGAAGAAUGUAAGAGAGAGCAGCAGCAGCAGCAGCAGCAGCGGAGGGUUUUGAAGCGCCUCAAACUGGUAAGGCAGCAGCAAGAGGCGAAUGGAGAUGCAGAGGGGAGGGAGGGCGAGCGAGAAGAGGUGAAGGGGAAAGGCAGGGCCAGUAGAGGCAAGGCAGAUGUUGCUGCUGCUGCUAUUGCUGCUUCUGCUGCUGCUGCUGCUGCAAAGCGGAGGAAAAAUGAGUCUGGGGCGGCUGGAGAGUCGCGGGGUGGGAAGAAGUGUGUUGAGAGUGGCAAGGGUGCAGGAGGAGGGGAGAGGAGGGGAGAAAGAGGCCCAGGAAUCGGGUGUAAAGCGAGGAGGCGUGGAGGCGCUGACGAUGAGGAAGGUGUGGGGGAAGAAAUUGGUGAGGUGGUAGGUGUUGAGGGAGAGAGUGAGAAUGAUGUUGUGGUGGUUGGUGCAGAGGAGAGUGAUGAUGAGGCUGUGAUGGUGCAUGGGGAUGUGGAGGACAAGGAGGCGGAUAUGAAUGCACGCAAGAACGCACCUGCUGCUCCUGCUGUGAAGGGGCCUGAUGUGUGUCCUCCGACUGAGGCUGCUGGGACUGCCCACACUGCUUCCCUCACGCCCAUCACGCGGUUUUUCCAGCCAAUAAGCAGCUCCAGCCCCAGUGGCACCGGUGGUGGUGCUGCUGGUGGUGGUGCUGGUGCUGGUGGCAGCAUUGGUGGUCGUGCCAGCAGCAAGAGCUGCAGCCAGGCAGACGGGCAGAAACGAGACGCUGUGGCAUCAACCAAAGGGGGGGACGAGCAGGGCGAGGCAGAGGGCAGUGGAGGCAAGGGAGGCGCGGAGAUGAGCAUGUGGGGGGGCGGCGAGCGGUGGUUCCUGCUGGGGGGGUCAUCACGCAGUGAGGGGCAGCUGAGGGCCAUUGUCACUAAGCUGGGCGGCCGCGUGUGUGGCGAGGCAGGGAGCGCUGCUGCUGCUGCUGCUGCUGCUGCUGCUGCUGCUGCUGCUGCUGCUGCCGCUGGUGCUGCUGCUCGUGGUAAGGGUGGCAAGGGCGGGAAGGGGGGGCGGAAGGGCGAGAGGGGGGAGGGAGCGGAGCUGCAGUGGCACCCCAAGGCCACGCAUGUCAUCCUGCCCCCGCCGCUGAAGCGCACUGAGAAGCUCAUUGCUGCUCUGGCUGCUGGCCGGUGGGUGCUCAAACCGGACUACCUCACAGCGAGCGCCACAGCAGCCCAUUUCCUCCCAAAGGGCCCGUGGGUGCUCACACCAGACUACCUCACAGUCAGCACAGCAGUGUGUCGUUUCCCUCACUGGGACAGGUGGGUGCUCACACCAGAUUACCUCACAGCGAGUGCCACAGCGGGCCACUUCCUCCCCGAGGGCGCGUUUGAGUGGCGGGGCGAGGGCAGCAACAGGGACGGGACGGUGGAGCUCGCAGCGCCUGGCAAAUGGCGACAGCAGUGCAGCAGGAAUGGGGGGAGAGGGGCGUUUCAUGGGGUGCGGGUGCUGCUGGCGCCUCCUUCUGACAGCCCUACUUCCAUGGUACGUGCAUCAAAGGGAAAGGCUUCUGGUUCGCAAGUGGCUGCGGUACAGGGGGGGGUAGGGGAAGGGGGCGUCCUAGAGUGGCCAUUUGUGAGUGGCGGGGCGGGGGCAGCAACAGGGACGGGACGGUGGAGCUGGCAGCGCCUGGCAAGUGGCGACAGCAGUGCAGCAGGAAUGGGGGGAGAGGGGCGUUUCACGGGGCACGGGUGCUGCUGGCGCCUCCCCAAGAUGGCCCUUCCUCUAUGGACGUGCUGCACCGCAUUCUCACAGCAGGGGGGCAACUGUAAUUCGAAUGCGGCUGAUAUCCUCUGUCCUCUCCCUCUCCCCCCUCCGCACACAACAAAACACAUACAGGACGUGCUGCACCGCAUUCUCACAGCAGGGGGGGCGGACGUGGCUCGAGCCUCAGAGCCCUGUGUGGCGGCGGCUCUCGCGCCGCAGUUUGACUUCAUUGUGCUCAAGCCAGAGCCCUGUGUGGCGGCGGCUCUCGCCCCGCACUUCGACUUUGUUGUGCUCAAACCAGAGACGUCUGAAAGAGACCCUGUGGCCCGCCGCCUGCUGGCCCCCUCGCGCCACAACUCCCCCGCGGUCGUCUCCCCCGACUGGUUCAUCGCCCUCCUCGCCCGCCCCUCCUCCAUGCGCGUCUCCCCACUGCCCCACGUGCUAUUUGACACCGAGCCAGCUGUCGUCGCCUCAUUGGCCGACGUUCACAGCAGGCAGAGGGGAUUGAGGGUACCAGUGAAGCAGCAGGAGGAUGUGGAGGAGAAGGAGGAAGGGGAGGAGGGGAAAGAAGAGGGGGAGGAGGAGGAAGAAGACGAGGGGGUGGAGGAGGGGCAGGAGGAGGGGAAGGAGGAGAAGGAAGAAGAAGAGGAAGCUGUUGCUGACGAAGAAAGGGCAAUUGGGAAAAGAGAAAAGCGCUUAUCUUUCGAGAACUCGCUUCACACAGUCAAUGCGGGUCACAGCAAUGGCACUGUUGACGGUGAUGAAGCUGGUGCUGAUUUUGAUGCGCAUGCUGAUUGUGAUGCUGACACAGAUAGUGAGAAAGAUGAUGAUGAUGAGAGUGGUGGCUGGGCGGCCACGGCGCAUGUGCGUCUGGGUGAGAGCAUUGGCCUCUCCAGCUUCACAGAGGAAUCACAGGACGUUGGCGGUGGUAUGGCUGCUGCCCUUGCUACUGGCGCUGGUCGGAAAAUGAGUGCGGCUGGUGGUGCGGCUGCUGCCGGUGGUGGUGUGGCUGGUGGGUUGCGUAAGGGAAAGGCAACGGCUGGUGGUGGAAGGAAUACAGGGAUCCUUGAUAACCUGCCAGCAGCCAUGGUCAGGAUGCGCGCGGAGGAAGGUGGUGAGUCCAUCAAGACUUAUGAGCGUGGAUUUCCUGUGGGCUUUAAGGCUCCUUCCGAAACGAAUGGGCCGGAUGAGUAUUUCUUGCACAACCACCUGCGGUUCACUGUGCUGUUCCACAAAGACCCCACGAAUAAUCUGGCUCGCGUCGUCGGUUUCGAAGUCGAACCAUUUAGUGUGAAGCACCAGUACGAGGGUACCUACAACCCGGCGAAGCCUAUCCUCACGACCUGCAACCCAGGGAACCCGACGCAGCAUGUGGAUAGCGGCAUGCCACCGCAGCCGAUCAAGGAGAACGAGGAGGUCAUCUUCACCUACGAUGUGAUGUUCAAGCCGAGCAACGUGAAGUGGGCGUCUCGCUGGGACACGUACCUUCUCAUGACGGACGACCAGAUCCACUGGUUCUCCAUCAUCAACUCUCUCAUGAUCGUGCUCUUCCUCUCGGGCAUGGUUGCCAUGAUCAUGAUGCGCACUCUGCACCGCGACAUCUCCCAGUACAAUCAGCUGGAGACUCAGGAGGAGGCACAGGAGGAGACUGGUUGGAAGCUGGUCCAUGGUGAUGUGUUCCGCCCGCCCAACUAUGCCGGCCUGCUCUGCGUGUAUGUCGGCACCGGUGUGCAGCUGUUCUUCAUGACCCUUGUCACGAUGGUGUUCGCGCUUCUCGGAUUCCUCUCCCCGUCCAACCGCGGUGGGCUUAUGACUGCCAUGCUUCUGCUCUGGGUCUUCAUGGGUCUCUUGGCUGGAUACUCGUCCGCCCGCCUCUACAAGGCCUUUAAGGGCACUGACUGGAAGCUGAACACCAUUCGCACUGCAGUCACCUACCCUGUUGUUGUCUUCGUCAUCUUCUUCAUCCUUAACAUCCUGAUCUGGAAGGAGAAGUCAUCUGGAGCCGUCCCCUUCGGCACCAUGUUCGCUCUCUUCUUCCUCUGGUUCGGCAUCUCUGUGCCUCUAGUCCUUCUGGGAAGCUACUUCGGCUUCAAGAAGCCAGCUAUUGAGGAUCCUGUCCGCACGAACAAGAUCCCGCGACAGAUCCCCGAGCAGGCGUGGUACAUGCACCCCGUGUUCUCCAUCCUCAUUGGAGGCAUUCUGCCCUUCGGUGCAGUGUUCAUCGAGCUCUUCUUCAUCCUCACCUCCAUGUGGCUGCAGCAGUUCUACUACAUCUUCGGUUUCCUCUUCAUCGUCUUCGUCAUCCUCAUCAUCACGUGCGCAGAGAUCACCAUUGUGCUCUGCUACUUCCAGCUGUGCAGUGAGGACUAUCGCUGGUGGUGGAGAGCGUAUCUGACCUCUGGUUCAUCGGCUCUUUACCUCUUCCUCUAUGCGACCUUCUACUUCUUCACCAAGCUGGAGAUCACCAAGCUCGUGUCAGCUAUCCUUUACUUCGGCUACAUGGUCAUCAUCUCCUACAGCUUCUUCAUUCUCACAGGGACCAUUGGGUUCUAUGCUUGCUACUGGUUUGUGCGCCUGAUCUAUGCAUCGGUCAAGAUUGAUUGA